GCCAAGCGGAGUGUUCGAACUCCUCCAUAGACGGGACUGCUCUAUUUCGUUGUAUCUUUUUCUCCUCAGAAAGAGAAAUUGUGGGCUAGAGAGAGAAGUUUUGGAGAAGAAUGUCUGGAGGAAUUGCUCGAGGACGGCUGGCGGAAGAACGCAAAGCCUGGCGGAAAAACCAUCCCCAUGGUUUUGUGGCCAAACCAGAGUACCUUCCUGAUGGUACAGUCAAUUUAAUGGUGUGGCAGUGCACGAUCCCUGGUAAGGCCGGGACCGAUUGGGAGGGUGGUUUUUACCCCCUCACAAUGCACUUUAGUGAAGAUUAUCCAAGCAAGCCACCAAAGUGUAAAUUCCCCCAAGGCUUUUUCCAUCCUAAUGUGUACCCAUCUGGAACUGUUUGCCUCUCAAUCCUCAAUGAAGAUAGUGGGUGGCGGCCAGCCAUUACAGUGAAGCAAAUCUUGGUUGGCAUCCAAGAUUUGUUAGGUCAGCCUAACCCUGCUGAUCCAGCCCAAACUGAGGGAUACCAUAUGUUCAUACAGGACGAGGUUGAAUAUGGGAAGAGGGUUCGACAGCAAGCCAAGCAGUAUCCUCCUCUUGUCUGAAUACUUACUUUGUAAGAUUUCAUGAUCAUUGUGCAGCCUGCAAAGUUGUUCUGGGAAGUUUUGUUUUGGAACUGAAGACUAUUGCUUACCACAGUGAAUUGACAGCACUGUGUUGGUUAUUAGUAUCUGUUCAUGUGAAUGUUUUGGUCUGGUCAUAACUUUGUGCAUUGAGACCCCUAAUCUGGUUAAGUGGCUCACAGUCACAGUUGCUCGAAAUUCUGUAAUUAUAUUGUACCAACUAUGGAGGUGGUGUAUAGAUUGUUAAUGUUAAGGUUGCUUCUACCCUCAAA